CAUGUCUUUCAAUACUAAUUAUGUUCGUAAGCGUAGGAUUAGAUUUGCAUCUUGGAACAUCGGAUCUUUGACGGGGAAGAGUAUGGAAUUGAUAGAUGUUAUGCGGCGAAGAAGGAUUAAUGUGGCAUGCAUUCAAGAAACGAGAUGGAAGGGUCACAAAGCCAAGGCUUUAGAUGACUACAAACUAUGGUACUUGGGAGAUGACAGUGGGAGAGGUGGAGUGGGCAUAGUUGUGGACAAAGACCUGAAGAACGAAGUAGUAGAUGUUAAAAGAGUUGGAGAUAGGAUCAUAUCUAUAAGGCUGGUACUAGACAACGAGGUUAUUAACAUAGUUAGCGCAUACGCACCCCAGGCAGGAUUGGAUGAGAGUGUUAAAAUACAAUUUUGGGAACACAUGGAUGGAUUAGUGCAGAGCUUUGGUCUGGGAGAGAAAAUUAUUAUCGGAGGUGACCUUAACAGACAUGUGGGUAGAGAUCGUAGAGGCUACGAAGAGGUUCACAGAGGAUACGGAGUUGGAGAAAGGAAUGAGGAGGGGAUCUCAGUUUUAGACUUUGCGAUAGCGUUUGACCUGUGUAUUGCAAACACCUUCUUUGAAAAGAGACAUGAACAUUUACUUACCUACAAGAGUGGGCAACAUGCAAGCCAAAUAGAUUUUUUCCUCACUAGAAGGUCUGACAAACUUUUAUGUAAGAACUGUAAGGUUAUACCAGGAGAGAGCUUAACCACUCAACAUAGAUUAAUGGUCUUGGAUAUGCACCUAAGUACGAGACAACGUAGGAAGGAGAAAUAG